GCUCUGAUGGUAAAAAUUUACAAGAUGGCGGCCGAAAGCAAAGAGCGAAAAAGUCUUUCAAAAAAUCUUUUAAAAAUGAAGGUGAAUAGAUUUAUGGCCGUAAAGAGAAUCUAUGUAUAGUGUUAAUUAUUUAUCUCAUGUUUGUGGGUUUAUUUUAGUUCAUGCAAAGGACAGAGGAGGCAAAACUACGUCAGCAGUUAGAGGAUGAAGAGAAACGCGAGAUAGAUGAAGCGCACUGGGUACUAGAUAAUGUUGAAGGCGCCAGAGAGUGAGUGGUGACUGGUCAGCCUUGUACCCUGGUACUUUCAAGAAAAUUGUAGGCGGGGUCAAUGGAGGGGACACUUACCAUGCAGGAGGUUUGUGUCCUCCCCAUUCCCCCGACCCCCACUAUUCCAAAGUGCUUAGCAAUCCCCCACCAAACUUUGACAAACCCUCACAUAACUUCUUGAAUGCUGAUGGUAAAAUAUUAUGCAUAAGAUUACAAGUAGUACAUGUACAUAGUGGUGUACCCCAUACUAAAAAAAAUCACUCCCCCCCCCUGGUAGGUUCUAGUUUCACAUCAGUCUUGCUACCAUAGAACUACCCCCCCCCCUGAAAUCAACAGCACCCACCUCCCUUGGAUUCCUACAUAUUAAAAUGGAAUCCCUCUGAAAAUAUUUUCUGCAUGACACAAAAUUCUUUUGCCAGACCUCUCUAUCGCUGUGUUUGAUGUUUAAUUUAGAGAUAUGAUUGAAUAUGAAACAAGCUAUGUUGUCUGUGAAGACCUUGUCCCGACAGGCAGAAUGUCAUUCAAAAAAUUCAACCCCGCUGUAGAAGUAAGUUUGGCAAAAUCAACCAAAUCGAUACUGAGAUCAUUCUUUCAUAGAAUACAGAGCCAUAAUACCACAAUUGAGCUUAUUGGGGUCUUAUUUUUUCUUAGAAAUUAUUUAAAGAACUAACUGCUCAGAAAGAAUUAGCAGAGUGUGAAGUAAGGGAGAUGGAAGACACUGUCUCGGAUGAGCAAAUGGCGGAAAGGUUUGUAAUGGCUUUGUUUGACCUUUAAUGUUUUGUUUUAAGCAAAAGCUCUUGAAAGAACCUGAGCAAAUAUUCGAAGUAAAUGUAGUUCUAAAAAAGGAACCCUUUCACUUUUAGAUAUGAUUCAUUAAUUGAUACAGUGGACAAGAAAUUUGGUGGAAAACGUAAACGUCAUAACAACGAAGUAACUCUAGACUUUGACCGUGCCAGACCUUUCAAAAAACAUAAAGCACAAUUUAAGAAGCCCAAAGAAGAUUAAGAAACCGCUAUAAGAAAGUUUAACAUUUAUAUUCUGACGAGAAUGAGUUAGUCAGAGAUGGAAGUGAAGAAUACUGCCCUGGUAGCAUUAUAAACAAGUGGCACCCAAAUGACCCAAUGGUAUAUUUCAUCAGAGAAAUGAAACGAAAUGCAGGUGGUAGGAGUGAUACACGGCCCAGCUUACAGUGCCCCAAAUGAAUGACUGGCCAUUGAACAUUCAGAAAACGUACUUUAUUUUAAACUCCUGCAGUUACAAAAGAAAAUAAUGGCUGAUUAUUUUAUUCUCGUUUUUAUAUCCAAUGCUUUGUAAAAAACCUGAUAUUGUCAAUUAGUGUUAAUUUUUUCUGUGUAUUUGCUUUACUGAUAUAUUGAUGAUAUGUAAUGUUGAGAUCGAAAUGUGUAUGUAAGAGUGUUUAUAACUGUUUGGUAAUGUACCAUUAUUUUGUGGUGAUUAAUUAAUAACAAGAUGAACCAAAAUGUUUGUAUGUGCAUGGUAAGUUUAUUAGGUUAGGGUCAAACGUCGAACUUUUCAUGCGCCGAACCUAAUGCAAAUGAAGUGAAACAAAGAACUUAGCUCAUUAACAUUAGGUUCGGCGCAUGAAAAGUUCGACGUUU